AUGGCUUUGGCAAGUAUCUGGAGAUUUUGGAUGGUGUUGCUCUUCUUGUGCGGGACCCUUAGUCUUGGAUGUGAGAAGCUGCAGUUACAGCAAGUUCUCAACACAGAGACUCUCAGCAAACUGAAUGCAAUGGGCGGUCGCUUCCCCCGACAAUGUAUAAGGGAAAGGUUGGACCUGAAAACCAAGCCCAUGGAUCUAGUGAGGCUUUCGGAGGGUUUGCAGGCCCAGGACAGGAUCCAGAUUGUCCAUCAAACCCUGUGUCACAUCAGCAAGAUCUACAGCAUGAACCUGGGAUCAGUCACAUGGGACCGGGACAAAGUGGAAAACGUCCGGCUUCUCCUGGAUCGGCAGCUCAGCGAGCUGGAAGAAUGUGUUAGGGAACCAGAAUCAGAGCACAAGAUGAGGAGAAACUCCGCCAUUCAAAAAUAUUUCAGGAAACUUCGAAAGUUUCUCAAACAGAAGGGAUUCAGUGACUGUGCCUGGGAAAUAAUCCGCACUGAGACCAGGGCCCGUUUACAACAGCUCCUUUUCGUAACGGCACAAAUCAGCAGAAGAAACUGA